AUGAAAGGAGUAAUCACGUUGAGUGCAUUAAUUGCAGUAGCCGCUGCUGCCUCAGAUGUUUUAACCAUUAGGUCAACCACAAUUUCAUCAUCUUGCUCAUCGUCUUCAUCGGACUUGCCAGUUUUACCCUCAUCAGCACUUUCAGGCGGUUACUACGGCAACAGUUCUAUUGCCGAAGUGAAUGCAGCACCUGCUACAUCUAGUUCCUUGUCAUCAACAACUACAAAAUCGAGAAAGGUUUCAUACGCGUACCAAACCGCAUAUGCCUCCGAAGCUGUUGAUAUCACUCGUACAGUUUGUGACUCGAAUGGACAAUGCCAUGUUACUACUGAUAUCGGAAGAUUGACUACCUAUACAACUACAAUCAAUGGUAUUUUAACUGUUGUAACUACAGGUGUCCCUGUUGAACCUACUGAAGUUAGCGCGACUGAACAAUCGGAAGAAACAUCAUCUUGGUCUCAGUCUAAUGCAGGUCAAGGAGCUACUGCCUCUCAUUCCGAGGUUGAAGAAACUGCUACUAGUGAAACUGCUCAAAGUAUAUCCAAGGAAACAAACUCAGCCGUAGAAUCAACUGUUCCUGUUACUUCCGAGACUUCGUCAGAUGAUGCUUCUCAAUCUACCAAGUCUACUGCUUCAACCACCGCAGUUCCAGUUGAACCACAUACUGAAUAUUUAACUACUUUGGUUACCAUAACAUCAUGUUCUGAAAACAAGUGUUCUGAAGUUCCAAAGACAACUGGUGUCAAGAUUAUUAGCGAUGUCGAUACUGUAUACACAACAUACUGUCCAUUGACUGAAGCUUCACAAUCGUCAACUAAAACAGCUGAUUCUUCUUCAGAAGCACAACAGCCAUCUUCUGUGGCACCACAACCAUCUUCUGUGGUACCACAACCAUCUUCUGUGGUACCACAACCAUCCUCCGCUGCACCAAAGCCAUCCUCCGCUGCACCACAACCAUCUUCUGCAGCAUCACAACCAUCCUCACCAGAACAAUCCAAGCCACAGAGUACGUCCUCCGCUUCCAAGUCUAAAUCACAAGCUACAGUCAAUGUUAUCACCGACAACAUUGUCACAGAAACCCCAACCGCAGAACAACAACAAGCAACGUCCAAGGAGACUGUUGCAGUUGGUUCUAGCUCCUCAACCACGGAAUCAUAUAGUAUAAACACUUAUGAAGGCGCUGCUGUCUCUAUGGGAGCAACAGGGUUAGUCACCGUAGCUAUUUCGGUAUUAAUGAUGAUGAUAUAG